UGGGGGGCUGCCUCUGUUCUCGCCCAAAACGGCCAUGCGGCUUCCCGGUGCUAGCGGGGCUUGCCGAGCUCCGGGUAGCCGGGUGUGUUCCUGCUAAUGUCGGCAGGAAACAUCAUCUGUCCGAGCGAGCCGAGCCAAGGGAUCCGAUAGCCGCGCCCUGCCAGCACGGGUGUGAGCGUGGUGAUGGGCAGAGCCUUUAAAACGGGAGUAUCUUCCCCUCGUUCCAAAGCAGCGUGAUCUGAUUCUUGGGAGGAAAUUUGCAGCUGUAAAAUGUUGCUGUGAUGAUAUCCCGGCACGGCAAAACAAUCAGUAGUUUCCUGAAUAAACCAGAGAGUCACCUGAGACGCAAAGAUGUUGGAAGAAGAUAUGGAGGUGGCCAUCAAGGUGGUAGUAGUAGGAAAUGGAGCUGUUGGGAAGUCCAGUAUGAUUCAGCGAUAUUGCAAAGGGAUUUUUACAAAAGACUACAAGAAAACUAUUGGUGUAGAUUUCCUGGAAAGACAGAUCCAAGUUAAUGGUGAAGAUGUCAGGCUAAUGUUAUGGGACACUGCAGGUCAAGAGGAAUUUGAUGCAAUAACUAAGGCCUACUACAGAGGAGCCCAGGCUUGUGUUCUUGUGUUUUCGACAACUGACAGAGAGUCCUUCAAAGCAAUCCCUACCUGGAAGCAAAAAGUUGUGACUGAAGUUGGAGACAUUCCCACAGUUCUUGUGCAGAAUAAGAUUGAUCUUCUUGAUGACUCUUGCAUAAAGAAUGAGGAGGCAGAAGCGCUGGCAAAGAAGCUGAAGGUGCGGUUCUACCGAGCGUCGGUGAAGGAAGACCUGAACGUGAGCGAAGUUUUUAAGUAUUUGGCUGAUAAAUAUCUUCAAAAGCUCAAGCAACAAACAGCAGAAGAUUCAGAAGUAGUGCAUACAAGUAGUAACAAGAUUGGUGUUUUUAAUACAACUGGUGGAAGCCACCCCAACCAGAAUUCUAGCACUCUUAAUGGUGGAGAUGUCAUCAACCUUAAACCCAACAAACAGAGGACCAAGAAAAACAGAAGUCCUUUUAGCAACUGCAGUAUACCUUAGACCACUUUUGGAGGAAAUGAAGCAGCUCAGAGAAUUGGAUGAAGUUGUGCAAUUGACUACAGAACAAAGCCAGCUGUAGAGGUAUUUUUACCGGUGCUUUAGCAAAUCUUGUGCCUCCUAGACAGAGGGUGGAUUUUGAUAAACUCGCUGACGCCAUGGGUUUGUUGUGUGCCGUGAGACACCUGGUGGUGACACACAGAACCGUGGCUGCCUCGUGCACUUUGUACAGAUUAGGUGAGCUUUUCCUUCCUCAAGGAAUUACUUACAGAGCUAUGAACUAGGUAUUGCUGAAUUGCAAAGCACAUUUAAUGUAAGGAUAAUACUUACACGUAUAGGUACGGACUGUAACUCUAUGGCCCAAGGUAAUGUAGCAACCUUGAAACUAAAUUUCAAAGAAAAUAUUAGAAUUGGUUAGUCAGGACACUUAACAAGAUAAAUGAAGAGCAAAAAAACACGACUUCAUUUUAUGCCUGACCAUAUUAAUAUUCUGCCAGGAUUCUGGCAGUCCUGUGGGUGCAAGAUCCUUGCAUUAUAUAUGUGUGUGCUAAGGUAUAUAUGUAAACAUUUGGGAUGAAUAUCUAGGCUUGGUUCCAAUGUGUACAUUACUUGGAGAUCAGCUAAUGAUCAUCAAAUAGCAUCUUCUGAUUGUCCUUUAAAAAUGUUGCAUUUCAAAUGAGGCUUUCCAAGCUGCCACUGUGUAUGUUUAACUUGCUAUACUUCGGGCCUAAAAGCUUAGAUUUAAAAAUGUGUGGUGCCAAAAAUGCUCCUUUUUACCUAAUGCUAUGCUACAGAUGUUUUGUAAGUUUGUUUUUCUCAGUCUUAACAGGUUGAACAAAUAACACUAAUAGCUAUUCAGAAGGAACAUAUAAUCAUGUUCUUGUUCAGAUUUGAUUGUUGUAUCCUGUGUCAUCUUAUGAAAAAGGAAUUUUCAAAGUGGUGUUACAAAGUAUUUAUCUUAUUUGAAAUUUUUUCAUAGAUACCAUAAACUAAGUUACAGGGAUCCAAAAAAUUGCAGCUGAUUAUGUUAGGGAGACAUUCUUGAAUGUUGUCUCAUAUUUAAAGUUAAGGAAAUCUAAUUCUGCAAGAUGAGAGACAUGGCAAAAAAUUUUCAAAGUGCUUCAGUAAUUCUACAGAACUGAUGUAAAUGUUUAGGAGCCCAAAUCUAACUUCAAGGUUAUUUGGGCUAAGGCUCCUAAAUCACUAAGGUGCUUUUAAAGAUGCUAAGCAAGAUACCUUUUAUUUAGCAAAAAUGAACACUUUAUAAUCCUCUUCAAAAGUAUGCAUGCCUUUUAAAAACUAUCCAUUUUGUUUACAUGUUUUUGUAUGGUAUGAUAUAAUUUUAACUUUCUAAGAUUUCUACAAGUCUGCCAGUGACAAAUGCAAAAUCUGCUGCUUAAAAAAAAAUCAGAGUUUUAAUAAUUUUGUAAAUGGUGUAUGAGAAUGAAAAUUGGUUGAGUGAUCCUGUAUAUUUUUGAAGGAAGGACUUUUCACUAUGUGAAUUCAUGUAGGAAGCUUGACUGACUUUGUUUCUAAGUCAAUGAGUAUGAAAACUGAAAUGUAUUCUUAUUCCCACUGUCUGCAGGGAGAGGAGUGAGUGGCAAGUUAUGCACAAACACUAAAGAUCUCUGAAUCUGUAUUUUAUGUUUACUGUAUGAGGCUUUGUACCGAGUACCACAGUUUCUUUGACAAGCUGUUAGAGAUCUCCUGUUGCUGGCAAGAAAGAGGGCACUCCAUCCCUUUUGCUAUUGCAACAAAAUUGUGUGUUCUUCACUGUAAUGUUUGUUUCCUGUGUUUUCUCUUGGAUUAAGGCCUCUAUUUUUUACCAAGUGCAUUUAAUCACUGUAUGUAUAAAUGGAGUCAAGUCCUAUCUGUCUUAGCAGUUUAAGAAGAAAGGUACUUGGGAUAAGAUGAUUGAACAUCAUGGGGCCACCUCACAACUUAGGGGAGAGUGUAUGCAUGAAGAAUGUUGACAGCUGUUUUUAAUAUGGAAACUUUUACAUUUCAUUGUCUGUCUACAAGUUUCAUGGGGUUUUAUUCAUUUUUCAUGAAAAACAAACAAAACCACAAAGUGUUUGAAACAUCUUUUUUUACCUUGUUUGACUUUGUACAGCGUACUGAAAAGUAAGUCUUUAUUAUGUAUAAUGACAAUUUGUACUAUUUUAUGUUAUACUGUAACACACUGUACAAUUACUUAGAUUGUUUGUAUUUAGAGUAUGUCACUAUAAACUACUGCUUUUAACAACUCAGCAGUUGUUUCAUAGGUGGAGACUUGACAGACUUGAUAAAUUUAAGGUAUGUUGAAAUGUAGUGCAUAUACUUUAAUGUAGGAAUAGUUACUUGCAGCAUUGGGUAACAGUGAGUUUUCAUUUUACUCCCACCCUAAAUCUGAAGUGGAUCUUUCUUUGUUGAGACCUUGCAGUGCUUGUUCUCUAACAUGACUGUGAUGGAAACUGCUCAGAUUAACAUCUUACUGGGAAGUGCCCUGCAUGUACGCUGCUUCAAAAUUUUGAUUCUUUAUUCUACUGGGGUUAGUGUGUAGGUGUAAACCAGAUGACUUGCAUAUUGCAGGAACCCUUAGGUAUUCACAUCAUUCUUCAGUGGCACCAACUUUUGCCUUUUGGAAGAAGAGACAUCCCUAAAUGUUUUAGCACUUGUGUUGUCCCUCAUGAAUAUAAUAUAAUAUAAUUUUUGUUAUAAACAUUACUUCAUUCUCCACUCAAAGUGUACUCGUUAAAAUAUCAUAUGUUUUAGUUAGCAAAACCUACAGGUGCAGGGCUGGUAAUAAAAAUGCUCUUCUUUUUGCA